UUUGCGGACAGGCAUAGAGAAUAGAGAAAAAUACGAUAUGUCUACUGAUUUCUUUUCGUAAUUAUUAUUUUGGUUUAGGUUUUAAUUUGUGUAAGUUAUAGUUUUUGUGAAUUAUUUUAGUCAAGAACGUUAAAUAGUUUCAUAAAAGUUAAAAAUGGCAGACUUCUUGGAAUCGGAAGCAGAGGAGAGCGAGUUGGAUUCUGAAGAAGAUGAGCAGCCCACAGAACGUAAAAAGCCGAAACGUAAAGCUGCUGUUCAAAGCGAUGACGAGGACGAAGAAGAAGAAGAUGAUGAGGAGCGUCUUCGGGAGGAGUUAAAAGAUUUGAUUGACGAUGCCCCAAUUGAAGAGGAUAGUGAUGGAGAGGACUCGGACGCUAGUGUCGGACCAAAGAAGAGAAAAAAAAGUGAUGAUGAGUUGGAUGACAGAUUGGAAGAUGAAGAUUAUGACCUUAUUGAGGAGAAUCUUGGAGUUAAAGUUGCAAGAAAUAAGUUUAAGCGUUUGCGACGCUUAGAGGAUGAUGACAGUGAUAAUGAGGGUGCAGAUGAUCCAGAUUUGGAACGAGAAGUAAUUGCAGAAAAGCUCUUUGUUGGAGGAUCUGAUGAGGAGGAUGAAAAUCGUUCCGAGUCCGCGGCGCCGCGUGAAGUGGAAUACGAUGAUGAGAAUGACGAGUUGGAAUCAGACGCCGAUGAUUUUAUAGUGGACGACGACGGUCGGCCUAUCGCUGAACGUAAGAAGAAACGGAAGCCAAUCUUCACAGAUGCUUCCCUUCAAGAAGGUCAAGAUAUAUUUGGUGUUGAUUUUGACUAUGACGAAUUUGAGAAAUAUGGUGAAGAAGAUUAUGAAGACGAGGAGGAUGAAGAUCUUGAUGAAUAUAUUGAAGAUGAAGAAGAUGAAGAUGGUGAAAGAAGAAGGACUAAGAAAGGCAAGGCUAAACGUCCAAGUAAAAAAUCCAUAUUUGAAAUUUAUGAGCCGAGCGAAUUGAAGAGGAGUCAUUUCACUGAUUUGGAUAAUGAGAUACGAAAAACGGAUGUACCAGAGCGUAUGCAGAUCCGUGAAGUACCAAUAACGCCGGUGGAAGAGGGUAGUACAGAAUUAGAAGAUGAGGCGGAGUGGAUAUACAAACAGGCGUUUCUUAAAGCGCCUGUCUCAAAGGCUGAUUCACAGGAAGCGCGAGAAAGGACUCGAAGAGGUUCAAGUACUGUUGUGAAGAUCCGUCAAGCGUUAGACUUUAUGAGAAACCAGACAUUGGAAGUUCCAUUUAUUGCGUUCUAUCGUAAAGAGUAUGUGCAGCCUGAACUAAGCAUUAAUGACUUGUGGAAGGUGUACAAAUAUGACGCUAAGUGGUGCCAGUUAAAGCAACGUAAAGAGAAUCUUCUUAAAUUAUUGGAGAACAUGCGUGACUUCCAACUGGACAAGGUGAUGGCCAACCCCGACGCCCCCAUUCCUGAGAACAUGCGCCUCAUCAGGGACGAAGACAUUGAAAGAUUAAAAAACGUGCAAACUCCAGAAGAGCUGCGCGACGUCCACACGCACUUCCUGCUCUACUACUCCAACGACCUGCCGGAGAUGCAGAAAGUGCAGCGCGCUAAAGAGAGACAGAAGGAACUGGAAGAGAAGAAGCGAGCAGCUCGUGAAGAAGCCGAGCGGAACGGCGAGGACCCGGAGGAGGCGGCGGCGGCGGCGGAGGCGGCGCUGCCGGAGGAGGCGGCGCCGCAGCACGACAUGAAGUACGCCGUGCGCUCCGGCCCGUACGAGCUCUGCAGGAAGGCCGGCAUUGAGCCGUUGGUGAAGAUGUUCGGUCUGACGCCGGAGCAGUUCGCGGAGAACGUGCGCGACAACUACCAGCGGCACGAGGUGGAGCAGCCCGCGGUGCCGCCGCUGGAGGCCGCCGCACCAUAUUGCGGUGCGAGCGGCUCCGCGGCGGAGGUGGUGCGGCGCGCGGUGUACAUGUGCGGGGUGCAGCUGGCGCGCGAGCCGCUGCUGCGCGGCGCGCUGCGGGACGCGCUGCGCGAGCGCGCCACGCUCUCGGUGCGCCCCACGCCGCGCGGACUUAAAGAGAUCGAUGAGAGUCAUGCAUGCUAUAGCUUAAAGUAUUUGAAGAAGAAGCCGGUGCGCGACCUGACGGGCGACCAGUUCCUGAAGCUGUCGAUGGCGGCGGAGGACCGGCUGCUGGAGGUGAAGAUCAGCGAGCAGAUCGAGGGCAACACCAGUCCUAGCUACAUCGAGGAACUCAAACAGCUCUAUCAGAAGGACGAGUUCGCGGCGACGGUGCAGGCGUGGAACGAGGUGCGCGCGGAGGCGGUGGGCCUGGCGCUCGGCAAGAUCGUGCUGCCCGAGCUGCGCCGCGAGCUGCACGCGCUGCUGCUGCAGGAGGCCAAGGAACACGUGCUUAAGUGUUGCCGACGUCGCCUUUACGAUUGGUUAAAGGUGGCCCCAUACGAGUCGCGAGUGUCGGAUGAUGAUGACGACGAGUGGGACGCAUCCAAUGGUCUGCGCGUGUUAUCGAUCGCGUACGUGCCGGACCGCGCGCAGUGCGCGUUCGCGUGCGUGGUGUCCGGCGGCGGCGAGGUGGCGGACCACCUGCGCCUGCCGCACCUCAUGUACCGCCGCAACGCGUGGGACGCCGCAGAGCGACAGAACAAGGAGGCUGAUAUGACUGCGUUACGCAGGUUCAUCCUGCGCAAGAAGCCGCACGUGGUGGUGAUAGGCGGGGAGUCGCGCGAGGCGCUCAACGUGAAGGCGGACGUGGCGGACUGCGUGCAGCGACUAGUCGACGACGACCAGUUCCCGCGCAUUCCCAUUGAGAUCGCGGAUAACCACAUCAGCAAGAUAUACAGCAACAGUAUACGCGGCAGGAACGACUUCAGAGAAUAUCCCGACAUGUUACGUCAAGCUAUCUGUCAAGGUCGGCUUCUACAAGACCCGCUAAUGGAAAUAUCUCAGCUUUGUGGACCGGAUGAGGAAAUUCUAUGUCUCAGAUAUCAUCCUCUGCAAGAUCAGAUCAGCAAAGAAGAUCUACUCGAGGGUAUUGAACUGGAAUUCGUGAAUCGAGUGAACGAAGUGGGCGUGGAUGUGAACGAGGCGAUCUUAACCGGUCGCGGUACGGAGCUGCUGCAGUUCGUCUGCGGCUUGGGGCCGAGGAAGGCUCAAGCGCUGAUCAAACUCUUCAAACAAACCAAUCAGAAACUCGAGAACAGAACUCAGCUGGUCACAGUAUGUCAUAUGGGUCCGAAAGUCUUCAUAAACUGUUCAGGCUUCAUCAAAAUAGACACGAGCAGUCUCGGAGACAGCACGGAAGCCUACAUUGAAGUGUUAGAUGGGUCCCGAGUUCACCCGGAAACGUACGAAUGGGCUCGUAAAAUGGCAGUCGAUGCUUUGGAAUACGAAGACGAGGAUGCGAAUCCAGCUGGUGCACUAGAAGAAAUUUUGGAAGCACCAGAACGGUUGAAAGACUUGGACCUCGAUGCCUUCGCUGAAGAACUGGAGCGGCAAGGGUUCGGCAAUAAGAGUAUAACGCUGUACGAUAUACGAGCGGAAUUGAACUCUAGGUACAAGGAUCUUAGGGUUUCUUAUCGUACGCCAACCGCUGAGGAACUGUUUGAUAUUUUGACAAAAGAGACGCCCGAAACAUUCUACGUCGGCAAGAUGGUGUUAGCCUCGGUGAUUGGUAUUUCACACAGGAAGCCGCAGAGGGAGAUGCUGGACCAGGCCAACCCUGUCAGGAAUGAUGAGACUGGUCUAUGGGAAUGUCCUUUUUGUCAUAAAAAUGAUUUCCCUGAAUUAUCUGAGGUGUGGAACCAUUUCGACGCGGGCGCGUGUCCCGGGCAGGCGACGGGCGUGCGCAUCCGGCUGGACAACGGCGUGUCGGGCUACAUACACAUCAAGAACCUGUCGGACCGCCACGUCGCAGACCCCACCGAGCGCGUGCGCAUCGGGCAGACCGUGCACUGCCGCCUGCUCAAGAUCGAUGUCGAGCGAUUCUCCGUCGACUGCACAUCCAAGUCCUCCGACUUGGUCGAUAAAAAUAAUGAAUGGAGGCCUUCAAAAGACCCAUACUACGACCAGGAGUCUGAAGAUAAGGAUGUGCGAAAGGACACGGAGGCGAAGCAGACCAAGGAGCGCAUGCAGUACGUGAAGCGAGUGAUCGUGCACCCCGCCUUCCAGAACAUCUCCUUUGCAGAGGCCGAAAAGUUGAUGGAGAACAUGGCCCAGGGCGAAGUUAUCGUACGACCCAGCAGUAAGGGCUCCGAUCAUUUGACAGUCACAUGGAAAGUGGCCGAGGGAAUCUGUCAACAUAUCGACGUUAGAGAGGAAGGAAAAGAAAAUGCAUUCUCACUAGGUCGAAGUCUAUGGAUACAGGGUUCGGAAUUUGAAGAUUUAGACGAAAUUAUAGCUCGCUAUGUGACUCCAAUGGCGGGACACGCGCGCGACCUCAUCUCAUACAAGUACUACAAACCGGUGGGCGGAAUGAGGGAUAAGGCGGAGGAGUGGCUCAAGGAGGAAAAAGCCAAGAACCCUAACAAAAUACACUACGUUAUUUCUGCUGCCAAAAAUCAUCCCGGACGAUUUCUGCUCUCGUACCUGCCCCGCGCUCGCUGCACGCACGAGUACGUAUCGGUGACGCCGGACGGAUACAAGUUCCGCCAGAGGAUGUUCGAUUCUCUCGGGGGGCUGCUGAAGUGGUUCAAGGAACACUUCAGAGAUCCCCCGCCGUCCGGCACGCCGGCGCAGCGCACGCCCGCCAUGCGCACCCCGCACGGCAUGACCUCCAUGUACCACACGCCCGCCGCGCACACGCCCGCCUUCCACACGCCCGCGCACACGCCCGGCCCUGCCUACAUCAACACGCCCUACACGCCCUCCGCGCAGACGCCCUACAUGACGCCCUUCGCGACUACUCCGCGACAGCCCGACUUCCUCACGCCGGCGGUGCCCAGGCACAAGCCCACGCCCGCCGUGCCGAUAUAUUCGGAGCCCUCCGACUGGCAGAAGGCGGCGGAGGACUGGGUGCGGCACAGGACCGGCCGCGACACGCCCUCCACCCCGCGCAGCAGCGAGGGCAUGCCCACCCCGCGACACGAUAUACGCACGCCGCGCCACGACAACCGCACGCCGCGACACGACAAUCGCACGCCGCGGCACGACGCGCGUACGCCGCGCCACGAGUCGCGCACCCCGCGCCACGAGUCCCGCUCGCACGGCCACGGGGACAGGCACGGCCAUAGUCACGGCCACGGCCACAGCCACGACCAUGACCGCGACCGCGACCGCGACCGUGACCGUGACCGCGACCGCGACCGCGGCCACAGCUCCGGCAGGUCGUCGCGAUCGCAUUCCGUCCGCUCCACCCCGCACACCAACACCUCGCCGCGCUCCAUGUCGCUGGGAGAUGCCACGCCGCUAUACGACGAGAAUUAGAACUAAGACUGAACAGUUUUUUUUUUUACCCGAAUUUAUUUUAGGCCAGACUAAAGAUGACCGAUGUUGUUAAGUAGCUAUUGAAAAUGACGCUGAUGUUAUUCAGACGUCAAAUCAUGUCCAAAUAAACAAAAUAAAACUGAUAAAAAUUUAGCCUUAACGCAGUUUAAAAAAAUAGCUAUUAUUCAAUUCUGUGAAAAAAUAAACUAUGAAGAAAUAGUUAAAUGAUAUGAUUGUUGAUGUUUACGUAUUAUGUUCAGUACGUAAAAUAAUUAUAUAAGGAAUGCUAUAGUUAUAAUACCGAUGGAUAUGUAUGAAACAAAAUAGUAUAGUUUUUAUAUCAAUGAAAAUUAUGGAGUAAAGAUAUAUGAAAUUUCAUGUCAGUGAGACACAAUGUAGAUCUAUGGGGAAAUGACUUAAGUCGUAUUUCUAUGCAAGAACUGUUAAUAAACUGGUACCAGGUCGGUAAGUCCAUAAUAAAACAGAAUUAAAAAAAAAUUAAAAAGAAAAUAAACUAAAACCAUCCUCCAUAAGGUCUUGAACCAAACUCAUCGAAAGAAUUAUAAAAUGCUUCAAAUAAACGGUGAUACAGAAAUUAUUGAGCUUGCUGUGGCUUAUGCGUAUAUCAUUUUUACGAAUAAUUUGUAAACGAAUUCCACUUUAAAAUACUCGUACAAAAACAUACUAUCUCACAAAUAUGUUUUUCUACAUAUUUGGUCAGUGGACAGUUCUCACCUAAAUCGUAUGCAUGCAUUAAUUAUUUACUAAAUACCAGAUUAAAAUAAUACAUGGACUAUAAUCUAAUGUUACCAUUGUCUUUCAAUAUAAAUAGCCAAUUAUCUAUUACCUGAUGCAAAUUGUAUAUUUUAGAUCGUUAGAUUUUUAUAAUGAGAUAAGCUAACUUUGUUAAUGAAUAUCAAUUUGGCAAUAAUUUAUUAAUUAGCAAAAUGGUGAGUUUAACUCUCGGAACACUUAUAUUGCUAUAUCGUUUGUUCUCGUUGAGAUAAACAGGGACAGCAAUAAUAUAGUGUUUAGAGGAAAUUUCACUCAAAUACCUUACUGGUAUGUGUUGAUGUUCUUUUGCUUUGGAGUACAGGAUUUAUUUAGAUAGCUACAUUCAAUUAUUACAGUCUGUAGGAUGACAAGAUAAUUUAUUUAAGCCUUGCGGGAAACAACUCUAAUAAAAUUAUGACAAACUUA